AUGUCACGAACAACCACAACAACUGAGCCGUUUUUCGAGUCGGGGAUCGAAGACUCGUCAGCGGAUAAGCAAAGCUCUGUGUCAGUGGCGACUGAUGGUAACGGCGCUGCGGACCCUUCCUUAGGAGACGAUGGGGAUGGUGCUUUGAGCAUACCUGAGAUCGUCGCUAUCGCAUACCUCACAAGUGGCGCGACAUUCACAAGCUUGGGAUCUUCAGGGAAUACGCAACGAGUCAAACUCACUUUUCCUGGUUGUGGAACUGGUUUGCGUGCCAGGCAAACAGCUCCUCUGGAAGAGGAUGGAUCAUACGGUCCACCCUGGCACCACGCACUCGACUUUCUGGCAUCACUGGCGAAAGAUCAUCGAAAAGAUCCUCCUCGUCUGACUGAUUUCAGGGUCGAUUAUUGCCCAGGGCAAAGUGUUGAGAGCUUCCUCUGUCGCACCACUAGUAAUUAUUUCGAUUACCUACAUCAAGUUUCGGAAGAAUGGCUUGACAGAAAAUUUCACGAGCGCAAGAAUAAAUUUGAUUUCAACAGGAAACUAGUUACCAGCCUUGAAGAAUAUGUGAGACCAUUUCCACCGAUCGAAAGGGAUUCGCAUGAGCCGAUGAAUAAUAUCCAAGAUCGUCUUUUACAGUUCGACAUUGAUGGCUGGUUUAGCAGAAUUUCAGAAGAGUUUGCGGGCUGUACGGUAGUGGAACCAUGUGUGAGAUGGGAUGAGAAGGAAAAAGCAAUUGUCUGCACUUUGAGUCGUACCGGAAAUCAAAUCUCAGAAUAA